AGUAAUCGACUUUUGUUUGGCCGUAAUUCGCGACUCAUUCGACACAAACAGUGGUCUAAUUGUAUUGAAAUCACAACUCAUUUCACUAAACAUAUCACUCAUUAAAGUAUUUCAUUGAGUGAUAUAUUGAUUGCCAUCAAAGCAAAGGAUAGUUUACAUUGUGUUUGCAUUCGUUGCAAACCGCAAACCACUUCACGCCUUAAGACUAAACAAAAACUUUAGAUAAGUUUAUAACGAGAAAUGGAAACCGAGAUAAAGAGUGUCCCCAAAGGAGAUGAUAACUCCAUAGGCGACGGAACGUCACUAUUGGCCACUCAAUGCGGAACCGGUGCUCAAAAGCGACAGAGGAAGUCGACCGCUCCCGUACUUCAGCGCAUUCGACCCAUCAGUAAACGCAAAAAAUUCAAGAAGUCUUUGGGUCCGGACUUCUUAGAGCCCGCGGAACUGGGAAUGCAAUACUUGCGCGACACGUAUGAACCAAAGUGUGAUAUCUGUUCUCUCACUAUGUUUUCGUCGCACACUUCACUCAAUGUGUGCGAAGAACUCCUUCACUGCACCAAUUGUGACGCUAAAGCACAUCCGAGUUGUGUGAAUGUGAGUGAAGAGGAAGUGGUCCAUAAGACUCAAUGGCAGUGCCAUAACUGCAAACUCUGUUCUGUUUGUCGCCAAACCGAUACCAAUAUAAAGAGUGUCCCCAAAGGAGAUGAUAACUCCAUAGCCGACGGAACGUCACUAUUGGCCACUCAAUGCGGAACCGGUGCUCAAAAGCGACAGAGGAAGUCGACCGCUCCCGUACUUCAGCGCAUUCGACCCAUCAGUAAACGCAAAGUGAGUUUCAUUUCAAUU